AUGAAGGCAUUCAUCCAUUUCUCUGUGCUCUUGACAAACUAUCCUGGAGGCCUAACGCAGGCAUGGGCCUCUAGUUCACUGACUCAACUACUGUUCACCAGCAGCCAAACAUCUAUACUAGCAUCACUAUCAUCAUCACAUCAUAUCCAGCCACUUUCUAGCACUAAUUCAGCAUCCAUCCGAGUAUUGUAUUCCCCAUUUCCAGUCUGCAUUUUACCAUCCGCUACUUCUUCCUCCACUAGCCACUCGCAUGCAUUGUUCUCAAAUCAACUACUCUACUAUUUUUUAUUUCCAUUCUCUGAUGAACGACUCUGGCAGCUGAUUCUAUGUAAACUGGAGCAUUUCCAUCUAGGCUUCUUUUUGCUGGGAAGUGUCAACAACAUCUACUUUACUUACAAGAUUCUCAACGACAUGUUUGAUAUCGUACUGCUGGGCCAAGAUCAACAAGACAAUGAUGAAGAGCUGCAAGAGGACGAAGAGCAACAAUUGAAUAGUAUCACAAGAAGGUUGAGCAAACUCCUCAAAGGAUUUCUGCUGACGUACUGCUGUUCUUUGGUUAUCUUGUUCUGGAUCCAUUUCAACAUUUUUGCCUUUCAUGUCGACUCUCAGUACGAAUACACUACUUCAAAGCAAUUUGUAGCUGAAUUGCCGCUUUGGACACUUCGCUGGGUCACAUUGGGCAUUGCUGUGGCUGAUUUUGCUGCAAGAGGCAUCUAUCGCUGGUUGACUCGAAUCACCAACUGCGUAGAUCAAGAAGAUGUCUUGUCAUUACCCGAAAAUAUCAAAUAA